AUGGAUAAUAAAAUUUUAGAAGAGAAGGAUUCCUCACAGCAAUCAGUUGAGGAUUCUGAAGGUAGAAUGACACACGUUCAGCCUGCUUCGUAUGUGAAUAAAAAGAAUUACGUUUUCGGAAAGACGUUAGGUGCUGGUACAUUUGGUGUAGUAAGGCAGGCUAGAAAUACUGAAACAGGAGAAGAUGUUGCCGUCAAAAUCCUGAUUAAGAAAGCGCUAAAGGGAAACAAAAUCCAAUUAGAAGCUUUAUACGACGAGUUAGAUAUUUUACAGAGAUUACAUCAUCCAAACAUAGUAGCCUUUAAGGAUUGGUUUGAAUCAAAAGAUAAGUUUUACAUUAUCACGCAAUUGGCCAAAGGUGGCGAGUUGUUCGAUAGGAUUUUGAAAAAGGGUAAGUUCACUGAGGUGGAUGCAGUAAGGAUUUUGGUUGAGAUUUUAAGCGCUGUCAAGUAUAUGCACUCCCAGAAUAUUGUUCAUCGAGAUUUAAAACCGGAAAAUUUAUUGUAUAUAGAUAAAAGUGACGAAUCUCCGCUAGUAGUCGCUGAUUUUGGUAUCGCCAAAAGAUUAAAAAGCGAUGAAGAACUCAUCUACAAACCAGCAGGUUCGUUAGGUUACGUAGCUCCUGAAGUGCUAACUCAAGAUGGUCAUGGUAAACCUUGUGAUAUUUGGUCAUUAGGUGUGAUCACAUAUACAUUGCUUUGCGGUUACUCGGCUUUUAAAGCUGAAAGGGUUCAGGAUUUCCUUGACGAAUGCACAACUGGUGAAUACCCAGUGAGAUUCCAUAGGCCUUAUUGGGAUUCCGUUUCCGACAAAGCUAAGCAAUUUAUCUUGAAGGCUCUUAACCUAGAUCCUUCAAAGCGGCCGACCGCCGCACAACUAUUAGAAGAUCCGUGGAUUAUUUGCACUGAAUUGAAGACGCAUAAUUUAUUGCCUAGUUUAAAGGAGGGAUUAGAUGCUCGUCAAAAAUUCCGCAAUUCGGUUGAAAGAGUCAGGUUAAAUAUGAAGAUUCAAAAGUUAAGAGAUUUGUAUCUUGAACAGACAGAAAGUGAUUCAGACUUUGAUGAGGGUAGCCAUUCAAACGGUUCUACCCCUUUGUUGAAAUCAGUUGAUACCAGUCAACCAUCAAAGAAGCCCUCAGAGAAAGAACAAUCCAAAUUAAAAUCCGAGUUGACUAGCAAAGCUUUUGCACAAUUGGUUAAUACAGUGAUUGCAGAAAAGGAAAAAUUUCUAAAUAUUAACAGGAUUUGCAGUUCUGAUAGCAAUAUCGCUGAGAAUAAUAAAAAUAUCUCAAAUGAUGCUGAGACAACACCAAACGGGAAGGAUACCAAAACAGAUGAAUGA